GAUUGUUCUCCAAAAAUGAAAUCAACAGAAGCCUUGUCUUCCACAAGUAUCCGAGUGACAUGGGAACCACUUCCAAAUACCUAUUGCAGGAAUGGAAUUCUGAGAGGCUACAAAGUCUUAUAUAGGAGACAAGGUACCCGUAAUACACAAAUGGCCAAUAUUAGUGCUGAUGUCCAUUCAAAGGUGAUAACAGAUCUUCAGAAGUAUACAAUGUACUUGUUCUCGGUAGUCGCAUAUACUGUCAAAGACAGUGAGCCAAGUAACACAAUAAGCAAAAGGACAAAAGAAGAUGCGCCUGAUUGUCGUCCGAAACUUAAAUCAGUCAAGGUCCUGUCUUCAACAAGUAUCAGUGCGACAUGGCAACCACUGCCAAAUACUACUUGCAGGAAUGGAAUUCUGAGAGGAUACAAAGUCGUAUAUAGGAGACAUGGUGUCCAUGAUGCUCAAAUGGUCAAUAUUGGUGCUCAUAUCCAUUCAAUGGUGAUAAAAGAUCUUCAGAAGUAUACGACCUACAUAUUCUCGAUUGUUGCGCAUACUGUCAAAGACAGUAAUCAAAGCAAUAUAAUAACAAGAACGACAUUUCAAGAUGCCCCCGAUUGUCGUCCAAAACUUAAAUCAGUCGAGGCCCUGUCUUCCACAAGUAUCCGAGUGACAUGGGACCCACUUCCAAAUACCAAUUGCAGGAAUGGAAUUCUGAGAGACUACAAAGUCUUUUAUAGGAGAUAUGGUGUCCGCAAUGCACAAAUGGACGUUACUGGUGCUGAUGUCAAUUCAAUGGUGAUAAGUGAUCUUCAGAAGUAUACAACAUACAUUUUCACAGUAGUCGCAUAUACUGUAAAGAACAGUAAGCCAAGUAACGAAAUAAGCAGGAGGACACUUCAAGAUGCUCCCGAUUGUCCUCCAAAACUUAAAUCAGUCAAGGUUCUCUCUUCCACAAGUAUCCGAGUGACAUGGCACCCACUGCCAAAUACCAAUUGCAGUAAUGGAAUUCUGAGAGGCUACAAAGUCUUAUAUAGGAAACAUAGUGUCCGUAAUACACAAAUGGCCAAUAUUAGUGCUGAUGUCCAUUCAAAGGUGAUAACAGAUCUUCAGAAGUAUACAACAUACAUAAUCAAAGUUGCUGCAUAUACUGUAAAGGACAGUAAGCCAAGUGACUCAAUAUCAAGAACGACAUUACAAGAUGCUCCCUCUGUACCCCUGAACGACAAAGCGAAGCUUAUCCAACCCAAUGACAAGUCUCGUAUACCACGUGUACAAGUCACGUGGGAUAAACCAUCACAUGAUAAUGGAAUCAUCACAAGAUACACACUUGUAUAUCGCUAUGAUAACGAUACAUCCAAUCAUGUGAAUAUAACCGAUAUAUCGUCGUUGGUAUAUACACUGGAUGUACUUGGUCAAGCAUGGUUUUGGUUUAAGAUGAGUGCGAGUACGAUCAAAGAAGGACAUUAUACUGCUAUCAAAAGCCUUUGGAUCCCUGCCUAUGCUCCACAUGUAGCGCCACAAGGUAUAAAAGCGACAAAGAAAAACGAAACUACCUUCAUAAUUAACUGGAAACCGUUGCGUAGGAACGAGGCCAAUGGCAUCAUAACAAAGUACAAAAUUUCUUGGAUUUUAAGACACAUAGGAAGAGCUAAAAGAACGGCAGUUCGAGAAUCCUUCACUGGAACAGCACAGGGAAACCAAUUUGUUUUACACAAUCUAAGACGUUGUGCGCAGUAUGAAGUUCGUGUAGCAGCUGCAACGGUUGCAGGAUUGGGUCCAAACGCUACUCACAAUAUUACAACAUCAAAACCAGGUGCACCUCACAAUUUAGAGUCACGUGGAYUAGGUAAAGCAUUUAUUACCUUGUCAUGGAGGAAGCCAAAAGCCAUGAUAACAAYGGUUAAAAGCUACAAGAUUUAUUUCAAGGGUUCAAAGUCGUACUGGCCUGUCUACAGUUCCCCACUUAAAACUAAAACCCAAGAUGGUAAACAAACAACACUUAAGAUUGGUGACUUGCAGCCAGGGACAUACUAUGAAUUUUGGGUAAUAGCGUUGACAGUUUGUGGUGAAAGCAACAGGAGUUUAACAGUAACAGAGGAAACAAAAGUGGACAAACCUCGUGCACCACAAUUUAGAGCUCCUAUGAAUCUUAAAGACAGUUUUAAUGUCACAUUAUGGACAUUCAAGCCCCACAAUGGACCAAUUAGCUCGUACCAGGUGAUUGCAAUCAGCGGCAGAAAUAAAUCCAUGAACGAAAUACCAGAAAAACUUAGAGACUAUAAAAAGGCCAGUGAUAAUGACGAAUCAAUGUACGUCACAGCCGAGCUUACACCAGUCCAGAUAAAAACCACAACAAUGUUUGUCAUUGGUGACAAUAGAAUGUACGGAAUAUACAAAAACGUCGCAUUGGAUAAAGGUCAAGUUUACACCAUAGCUGAGAGAGCCAUCACAAGAUAUAACGGAAGCGUCUACGUGAGCGACCCAGUCCAUAUCGCAACAAUCGAACUUAGUGCAGAAUUUAUGAAGAAGCCGCAAGAAUCAAAGAGUACCUCUAAUAGUGAUGUGGCCAUAGGAGUCGUAGUAUCCCUACUUGUAAUUGUGGUUAUACUAGCUCUUUUGGGCUUCAAAUACAAAAGGAAACGCAAUACAAAGAACGACUGCCCGCCUAUCUCUCUUGAUGUUUUUAGUAAAGAGGCUGAUGGCAACCGUGAAGAAACAUCCGCUAAACGACAACAAACUUAAUGUAAACGUUGAUGUUAGAGGUCAUCCAGAGGCUAUAAAACCAAUGACAAAACGUCAAUUUCUGGAGUGUAUGAAGUCUUUGAAGGCCACAGACUACUCAGAGCUUAAAGAGGAG